AGGUAAAUUGUCAUAUAUAUGCGCUGUAUUUCCCCACACUUCAAUACACAUUUUGUUUUAUUAUAAUCAUGUGAUGAAUUUCAAGAUGAAUAAAAUCCAGUUACCGGUACUCUUAUUCUUUUGUGCCAAUUUAUUAGUGAGUUGCGGCGAUGCUUCUCAUGAUAAUAACAGGCCAACAAAGGAGAUUACCUUCUCUUUUGAUUUGUAUAAUUUGCAAACCUCUAAAAACUACAAUUUGUCGUAUCGUAUGAAAAACUUUUUAAGCAUAGGGGCAAUGGUUCCACACAGAAACCGACGUCUGACAAAAUUGUUUUAUAAAGAUGAAACUAUAAUAACCUUUGUACCAGAUGAAAGGGUUAAUCUCGUAACAUUUAUUCCUAGACUCAGGCCUACAAUGUGUUCCGUGACAUACGUCAAGGACGGUGUUAUUUCUGUUAAAAGGUUUCUUAAGACUGAAAAAUGGAAUCAAGUGACAAACGAAAACUAUAAAUUUAGGGCGCUAGAAAUGGCGAAGGAAACACCUCUAGAAAUAUUCGAUAUAUCUAACAUAGAGUUUGACAAGAUUCAUCUAGACGAAGAGACUAAGGGAGACUUAACCUUUUAUUCCUUUACCCCCAAAGGUGAUAUUCGCAUUAAAAUUAUAGCAGAUGGGACCAAUGUCAUAUGGCAUUCUGAUGACGACACAUAUGUUACUGGAGGUCAUUUUUCACUUCAAACUCAACCAAAGAUGAUGAGCUUUAUGACGAUGAACAAAGGCUUUAUGGAUUUAAAGUUUUAUUCGGCAUAUGAAGACACGUAUAAUGAGAUAACUCUUCCAGAGUACCAAUUCGUUAUGAAGCACUUCGCAUACUCUACCAGGACCGACAUAACUCUUAAUCUUGAUAUGCACGAAAGUAAUAUAUUUAAGGUCUCUAGUUCCGUUGAACAGGGUGUGUCAUUUAUUGAUACAUUCCUAAGGGAUCCUGCCAAGAAAGUCGAGAGGAUUGUCGCCAAAGAACAUACACUAUGGUAUAGAGACCAGACACAAAACUUUAUAAAAGCUUCUUACACAGUUUCUUCUGAUCCUAGGCUGUAUAAAUUGGUCUUAUGCGAUACUAGGGAGCCAGAUAAAAAAUAUUACCAUCUAUACUUCAUGUAUAAAACAGACAAAAUGUUCAAAUUGCCAGAAAGGGAGUACAAUAAAGAAAUAAAGAAAAUAGUUUAUCCCAGGGAAUCUUUUGGAGAGUUUGACAUACAGAAUUUCGUUGAGAGUCCGACAGCGGAUCCUUACCCUUCGGUCGCUUACUUCCCUCCUUUCGAGAAACCUUUGAAAAUAGUAAAAUGCGAAAAUCAGCUACUAUGGGUAUCCCCUGGUAAAGAUACUGUAAAGAGUCUUUUUUACUUCAGGAAUGAGGAUAAGCAUCUGGUUCAAUUGACUUGUAGAGAUGACUCGAGUAUAACAAGGACUCACCACUUUCAAGAUGCAAAAUCCUAUUUUAAAGGUAAGACUGAUGAUAAAUCGUGGGUGUGGAUAUCAACUCCUGAGUUUUACAGAUCAAUAGGUCUUAAGCAACUCAUAAAGACUCACACACACUUAGAUCUAGGUGUAAAGGUUGACCCUGGAGCUUAUGAACACAAAAUUGGUAGAGUUGGCAAUGUUAUGGUCCAAACUUUUGUACCAUAUAGCGCCUUCGAAAUCACUUCAGUAAUCGACUGCGCUAGGGUGUUGUGGACCAAUGAAAUAAAGGAGAGACUCGCUGCUCUUGCACUUUACGGGGAUUACGGCGAAUUUGACAGAAAAACCAAAGAGGAUUCUAAAAAUCUGGUUGAAUUUUCACAGGAAGCCAAUCCAUUCAAAAAUUCAUUAUCUAAAGGUUAUAAAUUGGCAGAGCUUUUCAUAAAAGGACCCCAAAAAGUCGAAAGGCAAUUUUUGACCCUAGAAAAUGAUGUUUGGGUCCAAGUAAAAGAGGAGGAGUUUGUAAAGAUAUAUGAAGGACUGGAAAACCCAGAUAACUAAAUGUUUAAGGGAACAGAACUUUAGUUUCCACAAACACCCUGUAAAUAAUUUAUACAUUAAUCUUAUAGAAGUGUA